CCAGCAGGGGUAUCGUCAUUCCAGUAUAAUCAAUUACCUGUAGCAGGUAAUUCACAUUGCUUGCAAGGUAGCAAUCAGCACUCUCAAUUGCAAACUCCAAUGGACAUAGAUGCCUCAAUUGCAUCACGGCAUACAAGUGACCCUCCCAUUGUUGAGGCGACAAUCGAUGAUUCGCAAGUUCCAAAGGCAGCAACAAAUACAACCGGCCCGUCAUCAUCACAAGAUAUGAACAGGUGUUCUCCAACCAUGAACUUACGGAGUAUCUAUGCCAACGAUGAAAUGAUAAGAAACCUGAAAAGAAAAGUGAAGGAACUCGACGACAAAGAAGCUGUCAUAAAGGAGCAGAUGGAGAUAGAGUCUGCUGCUUCCUCAAUUCGGAAGAAACCGAGGCUAUUGGUUGAGAGAUGGCUGAAAGAGACAGAAAGAACAAGAAAUAGUUUUCAAAUAAUUGGCCAAGCCAAUGCGGAAACUUUGCCACCAAAGGAACAGGUGGAGACAUUGACGAGAGAAGUGGAAGAACUCAUGGGAAAAACGCUUCCACAAACACUGCUCAUAGAAGAGAGAGAUGCCAAAGGAGUCAAACUUUUGGAACGAAAGUUAACAGGUGAAGCGAUUCAUAGGAACAUUGAGUUGAUUUGGGACCAUCUUACAAAGAAUCAUGGAUGCAAAUUGGGUAUUUAUGGAAUGGGUGGUGUUGGGAAGACAACUAUUAUGAUGCACAUACAUAAUAGACUUCUUGAAGAUGCAACCUUCGAAAAUGUGGUUUUUUAUCACUGUGUCCAAUGAUUUCAGCAUUUAUAAGUUGCAGAGUGAUAUUGGGAAGGCAUUAAAAUGGGCAUUAUGGAGGAUGAGGAUGAGAAGAAAUGAGCAGCGAUGUUGUCGGAGCAUUUAGAAAGAAAGAAGAAUUGUGUAUUGAUUCUUGAUGAUGUGUGGGAACAUCUUGAUCUUGAAGAGGUGGGAUCCAUGUUAGAGCACAUGGAUUUAAGUUCGUCUUAAUCACUCGAUCCUUUGAUGUGUGCCGCCAGAUGCAAUGUCAAGAAAAGACAAAAAUCGAUCCUCUAUCUCAAAAAGAGGCCGAGAGUUUGUUUUUGGAGGAGCUUGGACCUUAAAUGCCACUUAAUUUGGAAACUGAAGCAAUUGUGAAGUCCAUUGUUAAAGAAUGUACUGGCUUGCCGAUUGGAGUCAUCACGAUGGCAAGAACCAUGCGAGGAGUGACUGAUGUGUUUGAAUGGAGGGAUUCCUUGGUGAAAUUGAAAGAAUCAAGUAUAGGACAAACAAAUAUGGAGAAGAAGGUGUUAAUGAAUCUGAAAUUCAGUUAU